GAAGCAGCCAAUAAAGCGAAACAAAAAACUCCUGCCACAACAACACCACCAAGUGACGACAGAGAAGACGAUCUCUCUCCUGUUCCAAAUUUAGCACCAGCUCAAAGAGUUCGUAGGGGUGCCGUUAGUGCAGAAACUUAUUCUGAAGAAGAUGCAACUACAUAUGUCAAAAAAGUGGUUCCUAAAGAUUAUAAAACCAUGGCUGCACUCUCCAAAGCAAUUGAAAAAAAUGUUUUAUUUGCUCACUUAGAUGAUAAUGAAAGAAGUGAUAUAUUUGAUGCAAUGUUUCCUGUAAUACAUAAUGCCGGUGAAGUUUUAAUUCAACAGGGAGAUGAAGGUGAUAAUUUUUAUGUUAUUGACCAAGGAGAGGUUGAGGUUUUUGUAAAUGGUCAACUUGUCACAACUAUUGGAGAAGCAGGCAGCUUUGGAGAAUUGGCUCUCAUCUAUGGAACUCCUCGGGCUGCAACAGUUAAGGCUAAAACAGAUGUCAAACUUUGGGCUAUUGACAGAGAUACAUAUAGACGAAUAUUAAUGGGAAACACAAUAAGGAAAAGAAAAUUAUAUGAAGAAUUUCUUAGUAAGGUUUCUAUUUUAGAAAGUUUAGAUAAAUGGGAACGAUACACAGUGGCUGAUGCAUUGGAACCUGUUCAGUUUAAUGAUGGUGAUGUAAUAGUGCAACAGGGACAACCAGGAGAUGAUUUCUUCAUUAUUGAAGAGGGUACUGCUGUUGUACUACAGAGACGUUCUGAUGAUGAGCCACAAGUCGAAGUUGGACGGUUAGGCCCAUCAGAUUAUUUUGGUGAAAUAGCAUUGUUAUUAGAUCGUCCAAGGGCUGCAACAGUCAAAGCUCAAGGCCCUCUCAAAUGCAUCAAAUUAGACAGAGCUCGUUUCGAACGCGUCUUGGGACCCUGUGCGGACAUCUUGAAACGUAACAUGACUCAUUACAAUAGUCUCAUUUCUCUUUCCGUAUAAUUGAUAUCGUUACUUGGAUCCGCACUAAAUCGAAGACUGGAAGUAAAACACCGAUCUGUUAAAGCAUCCAGGCUGUUGAACUUCAUGCCAAAUAAGAACCUGUAGUGUUUAAAAAAAAUAUACCAUUUUUGGAAAAACAAAUUGUGUAUUUAGAUAUAUGUUUUGCAAGAACAAUGUUUCUUAAAUGUAUUUAGUUUGUCCACUAGAUAUUCAUUAUUAUCUGUACAGUAUCGAAGAUUUAUUUUUAUGUAGUAACUAUUGUUUGUUAUAACCGUAAGAGACUUUUUCUUUAACGUAGGGGUAAUAAAAGGCCGACCGCACCCGCCGAAACAUCCAAAAGAAUCGAUAAAGCCAAAAGCAAUACGUCAAUAUAUAAAUUUGUUUUCUUAAAAUAUUUAGAUUCGAAACAGUGAUCAAAGAGGGGGAAAACUCUAAUUCUGUAAAAACAAAAAAAAAUUGCAGAAAUUUGCCAACCCAAAUUGGGUAGUAUCAUUGGAUGAAUCUUAUCUCAGCUCAUUAAGCAGAUAGUUUUCUGCCUUUUAAAUUUUUCAAAUUCUCAAAAGAAAGAAAAAAAAAAAAACAGAGUUAAAAUAGUAAUUUCACGGCAUAUUUAUGUUACUUUAGAAAGAGAUUUAUAUUUCGAUAUUUUAAUUGAAAAAGUUUUUUAUAGACAGGAAGAGUUUAUAACGCAUUCUUCGGAGUCGUUUUAGUUUCACCGCGUAAUAAGUCUCGAAUAGAAACUUUUGCAUUAAGUAAUUUAAUUUGUUUUCUACGUUCACACGCACGGCACGUGGAUCGAAUCUGUACUAGCAUUAAAGAUUCUGUCGAAGAUAUACAAAUCUUUCUCUGGUAGAGAUUCCGAGAUUCAUGUUUUAUGGUAAACUCUUUCAAAAUGGUAAUAAUUGCCUUUUGUUGUACUGUAGUUCUGUGAAUCAGGUAUAGUACAAAGUAAAAGUGACUUAUAAAUGUUUGUCUGUUGUGUUCAUUACAUAACUAUUUUGGAAAAAAUAUCUAUUAAAAAAAAAUACAAAAAAGAAAACUUUGGUUUUGUAAUUUUGAUUCAGUUUCUAACAUUCAAAUGUGUUAGGAUAUAUCAAUAAUUGUAAAUAACAUCCAAAAAUUAUGAUUAAAAGUUUUUUUUAUCUUA